AUGUCGAGUAAGUUGACCGUAUGUGGAGUAUGUAAUUACCGCAACAUCAACAAACCCUCUGUAGUCUGGUGUUUGGAAUGCGACGAAGGACUUUGUGGGGAGUGUAAAGAGCAUCAUGCAGCUUCAAGGGGGACCAGAGAACACAUUUUUGUUCAAAUAUCCGAGUAUCAGAAGCUUCCUUCCAAUAUACUGGAAAUUACUCAAACUUGUCCAAAGCACAAUGAAAAAUACCAAAUAUUUUGUAAGAAACACGAUUGUCCGUGCUGUAGACGAUGUGUUGUAGAAACGCAUGACGAUUGCAGAGAGUUGAACGCUAUUGGUGACGUCAUUCGAAAUGUUAAAUCAUCAAGCGCAUUCUUGGAAAUGGAACACAUGCUUGCGGAACUUUCAGAAAAUUUACAGAGAAUAAGAAAAGGUCGGCAAAACAAUAUUAAAAGUCUGAAGGAGAACAAGACAACAAUCGAAAGGGAGAUUCAGCAGACACGAGUAUUGAUUAACAAUCAUCUGGAUAAACUGCAGGAAAGUCUGAUGAAAGAGUUGUAUGCCGCUGAGGAAAAGGAAAACCAAAAAAUGAGCCGUUUAUUAUCAUCCAUUCAAGAGAAAGAAAGGGAGAUAAUAGAAUUCCAGACCAAUUUAAAUAAAAUAAAACAACAUGCCUCUCAGACCUCCAGACAUUUUUGGUUAUGA